CUUUUCAAGUUGAAAUGUGAUAUCUAAAUAAACAACACCUAUGAACACUGCGUUGCUCAUAAUGUGACAUGCGCACAAAAAAGCAAGGGGCACUGAAUGACGCCCCUGUUUGAGACUCGUAUCAGAAUUGAGUAAAUGAUCGUGUUUUUCAUCUUGCUGUGUCCGUGACUCUGCUUAUUAAUGUCUGACAGGUGAACAGUCUUCCUCCCGGCCAGGAGAAUGCAGAAGGGGAGACAGCGCGUUUGAUGUGAUGUAAUGCUUGCAGUUCUGAGCGCUGCCACGGGCGGCGCUUCGGCGCUUUCAGAUCCUGUUUGAGACGCAAGUUCUGACAGAGCGAUUUCUACAACGAAGUUCUAUUAACACUUCGAAGAAUAUACUUUAUUUGUGUGGGUGGUCUAGAAAGCCAGUGUAUAUCUGUUUUAUAUAUAUUUGAGCUGAUCCUAUUUAAAAGAUAUUACCAAAAACAAACCAAAGAAAACUGCAUGCAUAACAAAUCGACGGAGUAAGAAAGGAAGUAAAGUUUUGUAAAGGAAUAGAAGACAGACAGCGAUGGAUACCGGAGCCUCAGCGCCGGAUCCGUCAAAGGAAAAGUGUGAAGAGGAAAUGAAGAAACAGCCAGCGCCUCGACAAAGAAGACACAGUAAUGAGAUGGACCAUCCUCACAUGAAUGAAGGUGCAGUUGACAGUCUGCAGGCUCCAGAGCCAAGGAACAGAGCUGAGUUUUUAAAAUAUUCCUGUCAGCUCACACUGGACCCCAACACAGCAUAUAGAGAGCUCUGUCUGUCUGAAGGGAACAGAAAGGUGACACGGAGGAGAGAGACCCAGAGAUAUCCUGAUGAUCACCCAGAGAGAUUUGAGAGCUACCCCCAAGUGCUGUGCAGAGAGGGUUUGUCUGGGACUCGCUGUUACUGGGAGAUUGAGUGCAGUGGAGGAGGGGCUGCUAUAGGAGUCACAUAUAAAGAAAUCAGCAGGAAAGGAGGGGAUUCCUGUGGCCUUGGAUUCAAUGACAAGUCCUGGAGUUUGCUCUGCUCUGGUUCCAGUUACACUGCCCGGCACAAUAACAAUGAAACUGCAAUAACUGCCCCCCGCUCCCCCAGAAUAGGAGUGUAUCUGGACUUUAAUGCUGGCACGCUGUCCUUUUAUGGCGUCUCUGACACAAUGACCCUCCUGCACAGAUUCCAAACCACAUUCACUGAGCCGCUCUAUCCUGGGUUUUGGGUUUGGGAUUAUGAAUCCCCUGUAACAAUCUGCCAGCUGAACUAGACUGUUUUGUGUUGUAAGAAACCCUUUGUAUUGAACUCCCUGUCUGUCCUCUCCACUCCUCGGGUGAAGGGAAUGUUCAAUCUGACACAACUUUGGAUGAAAGUUAGGGGGUAAAACGGCGCCACCUGCAGAGCGAAACGAGGUGAAUUAUAUGUUUUUAUGCUUGAGGAUGAGUAUCUCUUAAGGGGAUUGUAGCUCACUAAAUAAUUCCACACUGUGUUCCUAUAUUGCACGUCCAUGGCUCCAUAGGUCUCAAAUGUGCAGGUUUGAAAAACAUGACAGGCAAGAUUCAGAAAUCCAUGAUCUUGUUUCGAAUGGGAUUUUGUGUCUCAAAUGGAUAUUUAUAGUAUAUAGCUGAACUAUCUGGGAUUUAGGUACAUCUGGCACAUCUAUAACCCUGGAGCUUCAUGCAUCUUUAUACAGAAAAGCAAUAGGUACAAGAUGCCUUUUCCUCCUGUUGUUAUAAUUUUGUGUUUAAAUUAUCUCAUUGGAAAUGGUUGCAUAUUUACUCUUGCGAGCAUUUAAUUAGAUGCAUUGGGUCUACUCGUCAGGCAGUUCAAAGUUUCAAUAUUAUAAUUGUUUGCUUAUUUUAACAAUAAUGUGAGUGAAAUAUCAUCACAAGAAAGAAGACAUUUCCAUGGAUCUCGUGAAUCACAAUCAAAUUGCAUUACAUGUGCAAUCUGCCCACAGUGGAAAAGAAGGAACGUGUUUUAAACCUGGCCUUUGUCGCCCUCUUCAGGACAAACUCUGCAGCUGCGCAGAGCCUGAUUGAAAUCAAUUAUUUUUACUUGGGAAAUGUAGAGCUAUUCACACAACCUUGAGGACUGUUCUAAGCGCUGUUUUAAAGACUGUUAUAUAUAUAUAUAUAUAUAUAUAUAUAUAUAUAUAACAAUGACCACACAGUGUUGCUUUAACUAAACUAUACCAGCAGACCAGCCUAUUCCAUACAGGUCUUUGUAACUAAACAAUACCAGCAGACCAGUCUAUUUCAUACAGGUCUUUGUAACUAAACAAUACCAGCAGACCACCCUAUUUCAUACAGGUCUUUGUAACUAAACAAUACCAGCAGACCGGUCUAUUUCAUACAGGUCUUUGUCCAGUGACUGCUGGGUCUGAUGUAAGAAGAAAAAAACAGAGCGAGUCAGCCUAUUGAAUCUUUCAAAGGUUUGCCUGCCAGUUGAAGGAGCCAAUGAUAGCAGGGUAAUACUAUUGUGAAGCUGCUCAAAGAACACUACAGGUACAGUCCUGAAUCCUCCCAGAAGCUGAGGGGGUGAAGUAUAGAAGAACUGAAAUGUCCGCUCUGGAUAGACAAACACCAAAAAGAUAACAAAGUUACAAACUGAAUGAAAGGAGAC